GUUCUUCAUUAUCAGCUUUGCGGUAACGUAACGUCCGUAGUCUCGAAUAUAUUUUAUGACUUUUAGGAUCCCAAAUAUGCCCGACUAUCAUUGCCACAAAGGUGUCCUAGACCAACAAGUGCUGUGUAAAAAAGAGAUGAUGUACGAUACGUUCUUUGGGAAUAUUCAUACAGCUCUAAAUGUUACUACUUGCAUAUAUAAGACCGUCCUUUCAUCGAAGCUGUCUAGUGGUUUGAUAAUUAUUAGCUCUUUUGAGCAUGACAAAAUCGUUCCGCAAGUUCACAUCCAAGCAAGAGGAUCGAACGUACGACGAGCACUUGAGCGGGCGGUGGACCAAAGCGCUGAUUCGCCUAUUCCAGGGCCAACGUCGAAGGAAAAACAGGUUGCAAUUGCAGGAGUUUUGAGCUUUUUGGAUAAUAUCGAUAACUACGACUUAAAAAAGUCUUUGCGUAGGAUUCCAGAGAGUCUCAGGCAGCAAUCAAUCUCCCGACAAUCAUCCCUUGAUGACUUCUUCGAUAUGUAGUCAAAAGCUCCUUUGAGCAAACAUUUUAUUU